AGAACGCAACACAUCCCUAUUUCCCAGAACGGGUGCAUCGUUCCACAGAACCACCUUCAUCGUCGUGUCAUGGACUUGACGUAGAAGUCACAGAAGAGUAGGUAGUCGUCAUUCCCUAAAAACAUGAGUGACACUGAAAUGCCCAGUCCAGACAAAUCGUCAUCCAGCCCAACACCUGAUAGUUUCUUGUAUGAAACGAAGUACAUUGUCUUAAGCUUCCUCAAUCACUUAACCCAAGAUGGAGAGGAGCAACAAAAAGAACAUGACUCACAGAAAAAUGUCCGCCGGUACGCAAGACACUGGAAGACCCAGUCGCUGCCCCCCUCCCCACCAAAACAAAGAAGGAGGCAAAGAAAAUCUCUCCUAUCUGAAGACAAAUUUAAGCAGUUUUCAUCAGAUGAGAACCUUCAGCGUCACUUCAAGCCUGAACCCGGGCCGUCGUACAACAGCUGGGAUCUACCCAUAUCUCAGAUACGGAAAAGGUCCCUGAAAAAAUCUCAUCAACAGCUUGGUGGUCAGCAUUCUCUACCGCAACAGAGGCUAAGCGUGGAAUCAACAGACUCUGGUAAAUCGACAAAAUCAGCACCAGCAGGUAGUGCUCCAGUUUAUCAGCGGAGUCUUAGUGACAACAGUAGUCAAGAUGGCAGCAGCUACAUCAGCGAUGCGGACGACGAACUCGACACUUCACAAGGAUCAGCAUCAAGUAGUUUGAGAGGGUCUAGGAACAAUGAGUUUCUGAAGAGUUCGGGGCACCAUCUACGAGUGUCCAGAUUGUCAACUGUGCCAAGUGAGUCAGAACCCGAACCGGAUGCCCAGGCAGAUCAAAGUGCCACGCAAGAAGCUGAUGUGCUAACACUAGAUGUAGAGGAUAUCGCUUUCGACUUGAAUGAUGAAGAACGUGGGAAUGUUGUGCAUGCAGCAGAUGACGAUGGUGAUGUUGUGGAUGGCUUUACAGACUCUGACGUAUCAGAACUUGAAUUAGAUGAGGCAGUGGGGGAAAAGGGGGAUAGUGAGGAAGAGGAGGGGGGGAAGCUUGGAAUGGCAGCAGGAGGGUCGGAAGCAGCUGAGAUAGCUAAUGGGCAUGCUUCUCUGGCUAGAACCUCUCCAGUGCAAAGGUCAAGGAGACCAGACAGAUCGGGGUUGUAUCUUGACUUGAGUCGUUGUUCAUUCGUGACUCCACCUCAGGCCGAUGUGACGGCGGUGAUGGCGUCACUCCAUGAAGAGCUUCAGGAGGAGAUGCAUUCCCUUGAGUCGGAGGUUGAGGACGCUUUCCGCUCCCAUCGUGUCCCCAGCAUGUCGUCCCCUUUCAUGGGCCCAUCUGGCCCUCUGACCCCGCAUACGGAGGCGGCUCAAAUCCUGGCCAGGAUCGGGGACGAGAUUCAGGAAACACAUCUAGCCAAAGUGGAGUUUGCAAUAGGAAGACUGUUCACCAACCAGUCUGCUCUAACAUAUGAAGCAUUCCGAGAAGUCGCCAGAUCGGUCAUUGAUGAAAACAUUCCAGGGUGGCGACAGGUUGCCUUGCUGCUGCUGUAUAGUCAGGGCGUGGCGUUCAGGAUGGCUACGGCAGGAGGGCAGGGCAUCAGUAAUGUGGUGGACUACUCCGUCAAGCUGCUGGCCGACCUGGCUGCAGACUUCAUCAUCCAGCAGGGAGGAUGGUUUGAGAGACUUCAACAUGACAAGAGUGGACUGGUGUCAACAGAAUCAAGCAGCUCAUGUGUGACAUCGCCAGAACCCAACAGCCAUCCUGCUGACCCCCUCGCCCAGGGCGGUGUAUCUGUCACUGCACCUGCAGCAACUUCCACAUCAACAACUGCACCAGCCCAGGCAGACGUCAGCACACACACUCAGGACACAUCACCAAGUCCUCCUCAACAUUUAACAAAUGGAACAGAUUAUGUGGACUUUCCAUCUGAUGCACCAGCAGACUCAGACAAUUUUCAGACUGUCACCAGCUCUUCCCAGACGUCUGCCGACAGUUCCAGGGGAAGUAACUCUGACCAGACAACCUGGUGGCCAUCCAUGUUCUCAGGGAGUAGCAGUACGAAUUACCUGAAAAAAGUGUCGGCCACACUGGCUUUAGUGUCUAUCGGACUUGGACUUGCCAUUGCUUUUAUCAAGAGAUGAGGAAUUGUGCAGUUUAUAAAUUGUUGUUUUAGGGUGAUCUAAUCACCAGCCACUGCCACACAUCUCCAUUUCGUUACUCCAAGACUAUCAGGUCAUCGCAGAUUGAGUGUUAGUUAAACUAAUGGGGUGACUAGCAGUUGGGUCAACUGACAAUCCAGGCAGGUUCAAAUCAUAAAAAAAACAAUAUUGUUUUUCUGUGGAAUCAAAUGUUAUGAUGUUUACUAAUCUAUCAGAAAAAAUGCAGUUUCACUCACUACACCGUUUUGACAUAGACUGGACAUGGGUUCCAGACAGUGGAGCAUGGUCCCCUGUGAAUUAAGGAACCUUUGAGAGCAAGCACUUUAAUACAUGUGUAAGAAGGUUGACUUCAACACUGCCAAUUCAAUGCUGUAUCUCCACGUGCAGAGUUGCGUCCCUUAGCUUCCCAGAAAUCGAUGAUCGUAGUUUCAAAUCCUGGUUCGCCCUAUUUCCAGUUUAGACAGUACGAUACUCAUGCUUGUGAUUUUCACCAAGGUGCUUGUCAUGCUUUCCUCACACAGCGUGAUAUAACUGAAAUACUGUUCAUAGUGGUGUAAAAACAAACCACUCACUCACUCAUUUGUGCAUGAAUGUUUCCAAUAGCUUUUGAACCUUUGGACUACUGUCAUUGUGUGUGGCCUUUGCUGGAGGAUCUUGGCCCAGUGGUUCAUGUGUUAGCCCAUCAUGCAUAUGGGUACAGGUUCUGUGAUCCAGGCUGGUUUUGAUUCACGUUUUUAAUUCUUGUAAAGAUUUAACAUCACAUGUACAGGAGUUACCUCCCUUGUUGUCACAGGAUGAGAGUAAUCAAGUAUGAUAUUUUUUCACUAAUCCAUUUCUUACUUGAUGAUGAAUUCUCAUUGUAAACUCUUGACUCUAAAUUUGGUCUCUAUUGACAAAGAUCCAAAUUAGUGAGAGUUCUGUUUUGACAGAUUCCUCUAUAUUAUGAUAAUACUUAAUUCCAGUGCUGUUUGUUUCAUUCAGGCCAUUUUUCUUCACAUCAAUCUUUUAGUAGGUUCGGUCACAGGCCCAUUCUACAUUACAAUGUUAUAUGGAGAGAGAACAUUCACAAGCCAUCAAGCAACAUACAAGAGGCAAAAGCACAUUGCUUUAUAAGUGUAAAUAGCUAUAUUUUGAAUAAUGGAUGCAUUAUUUCACGACAUUAACAUAUCAAACCUAUGUAAUAUAAUCUAUCUUGAAGUCAAAGUGAUAUUUUAACAUAUUGGGUCUAACAUCAAAUUUCAUAUCAUGUGGGCAGUCCAGGUUAGAAUAGGUCCCCCGCAACCUGUGCUGGUUGUAUGAGGUGACCACAUGGAUUGGAUCUUGAAGCUUGGAGAUUUGGUUGAACAUGUAUCAUCAUACCCCACCUUUAUAAUAAUAAUAAUAGCUUAAUGUAAGCCAGUGGUAAGACCAAUCAGACAUCCUGUCUGAUGUAUCAGAUACUGUAAAGCUCCUUACAGGGAUAUCUCUGUGGUCAGGAAGGUUAAUGAAGGUGGCAUGCCGUGGGGUGGAGCCUGCUUCUUAACAAGUCACAGUCACAACCCUUUCAAUGUAAACACACUUGCAUGCUGUUUAAGUUGACACAUUUAUUUUGUUCAUGCUAGGCUAAAAAAAAUAAUAGUCAUGGCUCCCAGGCACUGCAUGCAUUAUCAUAAAGCCAGCCGCAUGUUUCUUUUUUGUCCCCCGCCGCGCGAAAGCGCGAAGCGGGGGAUAUAGUAUUCACGACCGUCCGUAUGUCCGUCCGUACGUCCGUCCGUACGUCCCACCUGUUUAUUGCCGUUUAUUGGAACUAUG